UAAAUAAAUCACUCGACAGCGACAAUAGGAAACCUUAUAUGAUUGCAAAGUACUACAUCCACAUAUAUGUAUAAGCCCCCAGAGCUGAUAACAGAGCCCUGUCCGAUGUGGCUGCCCUUAUAAGCGGCCGAUCGGCUGUUGGACAGCCAAAAAUCAGAGCAACGAAACCAUGAAUGUGCUGCUAUUGCCGACCGUCUCCGUGCUCAUCCUGCUCCAGCUGUCGUUGGUCAAUGGCAAUGGGUUCAGCACCCAGUAUCGGGGACACACACAACACCCCACACUGGCCGAGCAUUGCUACUACGAGGAGCUGGAUCUGGCGGUUCCGCUCAAUGGCGAAGUUCUGCCGGUGAAUCAUAAGGACUACUGUGUCAAGGUCCUCUGUGCCGAUGAUUACCUACUGAUGAUAAAACACUGUGAGCCGCAACCUUUUCCGCUUCCUGGAUGCCGACUUUCGUCCGGUAACUAUGCGGUACAGUUCCCCGAAUGCUGUCCGCAGCUAGAGUGUCCCACUCGCACGUAGUCGAUUGACGUGCUUACGUAUUUACUUUGUUUCUUAAGUGAGCCUAAAUCUUUGAAAUAUAUUAUUAUGGCAUGAAAUCAGUUUGA